AUGCAGUACAUAAUCUCUGCAUCUAUUCUUCCUCACAUCAUACAACCCAACAUUCAUCAUUUUCCCACUACGGUCAUCUUCCUUCAGCAACCUGCCUCCGCCUCUAUUUCAACCGCGAAACACCCUUUCAUUACCUUCUCAGAUUCUUCAAAUUUAAGUUCGGAGAGAAGACCUAAAUUAUAUGAAAAGAUGGCAAGGGAUCUUGAUGAACAUGGAGCUGCUUUUCUGAAACAUGGUGAAACCUCUCAGUCACUUUCUAUUUCAGAUAUCUUCACCUUGAAUGAUGGAUCUGUAACACCUGUAUUAAAGCCUGCAAAUCCUCCGAACUCUAGCAUGUACCAUUUUAGCAUGUUCCAUGCCUCUCACCAUAUUGUACCUGUACCUGCCACUAAACAAGAGAUAGAAGCUGAAGCAUCUUCAGUGGAAACUGUUGCUGCAAGGCUCUGUCCUUUGAAUAUUGUUUUGGAUCGAGUGGUUUUAACUUCAACAGGGGUGCUCCUUGGUUGCUGGAAGGUAAUCUCGGAUACAGAUCCCAUAACCAUUCGUGCUAGAUUGAAGAAUGUACUUCCAUGCGCAUCAUCAAAUUUCCGCCCUCCGAAACGCACAAAACAGCCGGACCGCCACCGUCAUUGCCACCAUCAACACCAUUGUGCCCAGUCGACUUUUCUCCAUCACAAAACAAAGGGGUGA